UCCCAAAAUUAAAAUAGCGAAGGCCAAAAUUCUUAUCCACACCCGGAGAACGUUGCCUCCUCUCCUCCCCUCAGUGUUCUUGCUUGUCAUCUUUCACAGGCUCCGACCAUUUUGUACUUGUAUCACAGUCACUACUUCACUGUUAUAUGUUUUCUGAGAUAAAUAUCUCAGCCCCAAAAGCUUCAAUCCGAACAAAAGUCCUCGGCUUUCAUGGCGACCCACUUCUCUCCUGCAACCCCUGUACGCUUCGUCCUCCAGCCCAAGCAAAACCCUCCCAAAACCCUCCUUUCCAUUCGAGAUUCUUUUGGCGGAGGACCGGCCUGUAAGAAAUGCCAGCCUAGAACUGUUAAGGUGUGCUCAUGGAGCUCAUCUGCUAGCUAUGUGAGGUCUGAGGACAGCGCUGCGAAGUUUUCAGGCAAUCCCAUUGUUGUGAAGAAGCAAUUGUUCCAAAAGAGAGCUGGAAUUGUAAGAGCUGCUACUAUCGAAGAAAUAGAAGCAGAGAAGUCUUUGAUAAAGAAAGAUACUGAAGGAAGGAUGGACAAGACUCUUGAAACCGUACGAUCCAAUUUCAAUUCUAUUAGGACAGGGAGGGCAAGCCCGGCCAUGCUGGAUAAGAUUGAGGUUGAAUACUAUGGAAGCCCAGUUGGCUUGAAGACCAUUGCUAAUAUUAGUUCCCCUGAUGCAAGUUCCUUCUUGGUUCAGCCAUACGACAAAUCCAGCUUAAAGGCUAUAGAGAAGGCCAUCGUUAGCUCUGAUCUUAGUUUGACUCCAAAUAAUGAUGGAGAAGUAAUUCGAUUGACUCUACCUCAACUUACGUCAGACAGAAGGAAGGAAUUGUCAAAAAUUGUGGCAAAACAGACCGAAGAAGGAAAGGUGGCAUUGAGGAACAUAAGAAGGGAUGCUUUAAAAACUCUUGAAAAACUUGAGAAGGGAAAAAAGCUCUCUGAAGAUAAUGUCAAGGACUUAUCAACUGACUUGCAGAAAUUGACGGAUGAGUAUGUGAAGAAACUUGAUGCCAUAUUCAAACAAAAAGAGAAGGAAUUGCUGAAGGUUUAGUGAUUGUUCAUGCGCUGAUGAUGUAAAUGGUUGAGCUUCUAUGUCGAAACCUCUAUAGGUGUUCCUCUUCCGUGUGCGAAUAAUUUGCAGUGCUGUUUAUACCCUCCACCUUUACAAAGCACCUUUUUGAGAUAACCAGACAUUGGAAAAUAUAUGCAAUGUUCAGUUGCAAGGCUUUCAAAUUUCAAUCAGAAGUCUUUAUAUUCA